UAAACCCAAAUGAAUGUCGUAGAUUCAAUUCAGUCCCUUCUCCUUGUUUCCCUCCUUAUUCCCACGCCCAACAACACCUCCUCAAGACAGUGUCAGAAAGAGAGAGAUAGAAAUAUCCUGGGAAAUUUGCCAGUUUAGAUGGGUGGUACAGUAUCUUCAAUUGAUCUAAUGGCUGAAAAUUUCACCAUUUUUCAUCAAAAACUGCAUAUAAAGUUUCAAUUUUUACAGAGUAUUUUAGCAUGCAAGAGAACCUCCCAAUUGUAUUCCCACUUCUUCCCUAAAAGAAGAAAAACGGGGUAAUUACUGGAAAGUAAGAAGCUUAAUAGCAAUUUCUGGGUUAUUUUGAUUAAGGUGGGUUUCAUUUGAUUUUACCACUACAACUGAAAGGUGCUAAAGGUGAAGAAGAAAAUGGAUAAGGAUGAUAAUAAUCGAGUUAGAAGUCCUAUGUCAAGGCCUGGAUUUGGAAUGAAAGGUCGCAAAAUAUCACUUUGUACUAAUCACUUCAGAGUAGAACUUACUAAUUCUUCAGGCUACUUCUUUCACUACUCUGUUUCGAUCUGUAACAAAGAUGGCCAUCCAGUUGAAGGGAAGGGUAUUGGAAGAAGAAUAAUGGAUAAAAUCCAUGAAACUUAUAAACUUGAGCUGGCUGAAAAGGACUUUUCUUACGAUGGUGAGAGUUCUUUAUUCACCUGGGGUGCUCUUCCAAGCAAAGCGAUGGACUUUACUGUUGUAUUGGACAAGAUUUCAUCAAAAAGAAAUGGUGAUAAUAGCAUCUCUAAUGGAAGCAGAAGCCCUACUCAAGGGGAUAAAAAGAGGCAAAAGUGCUUGUUUCAGACUAGGACAUUCAGAGUAGCGAUAAAGUGUGUAGGAAAAAUUCCAGCAGGUGCAAUUUCCGAUAUGCUUCGCGGAAAAUACUCCGAGGAGGUCCAUGAAGUCAUCAAGGUGCUUGAUAUUGUCCUAAGACAACGUGCUGCAAAACAGGACUGCCUUAUCGUGAGGCAAUCAUUCUUUCAUGACGACCAGAGGAACUUCACUGACAUCGGAGGGGGUGUCUUUGCAUGUAAAGGUCUUCAUUCAAGCUUUUGUCCUACUCAAAAUGGAUUGACACUUAACAUGGAUUCGUCCAGAACCACUAUUCUGAAGCCUGGUCCUGUGCUUGAUUUUCUUGUUUCCAACCAGAAUGUCAAAAACCCAUCUUGCAUUGAUUGGUCAAAGGCUAGACGUAUGCUGAAGAAUUUGAGGAUUAAAAUUUUUCCAUAUGAUCGAGAGAGUAGAAUCACUGGAUUGAGUGAAUACGUAUGUAAGCAGCAGAGGUUUCCGCUAGGGGAUGAAGGAGGACGAGGUGAUGAGAGUCAAAAGGAGCGAGUGACAGUCUAUGAUUAUUUUGUUAAGCAUAAGAAGAUACACCUUCGAUAUUCUGGCGACUUCCCUUGUAUUAACAUUGGCAAAACAAAAUCAAAGCUCUAUCCCAUUGAGCUAUGCUCUUUGCUUCCUUUACAACGAUACACUAAAGAACUUUCUAUUCCCCAAAGAUUGAAGUUUAUUGAAUCAAUAAGGCAGAAGCCACUAGAUAAGAUGACAAUGUUGACAGAGGCGUGGAAGACCAAUAAUUAUGCAGCUGAGCCAAUGCUGCAGUUUUGUGGUGUUUCAAUCUCUAGCAGUUUUACUCAAGUUGAAGGCCGUGUUUUGCCAGCCCCAAAGUUAAUUGUAGGACGAGGUGAAGAAAUUUUUCCUCGUGCCGGCUGCUGGAACCUAAAUAGAAAGAUGUUAGCUGAGCCCAUGAGUCUUCAUAGUUGGGCAGUGGUGAGCUUCAGAUCACGCUUUGAUGCAAGUAUAGUCUGUAAAGAUUUGGCUAAAUUUGGUGAAAUGAACGGAAUUUUUAUGGAGCCUCCAAUAUGCAUUAUCGAGGAGAACGGACGUUUUAGACAAGCACCACCUGCCAUUCGGGUGGAGAGGAUGUUUGAACAGUUGGACAUGCAGCUGAAGCCAUUGAGGGCACGACUAAGUAAAAAUAAGACAUGGCCAGAUUUCAUAAUUUGCCUUUUGCCUAAUAAAGAUUCCGAGAUAUAUGGUCCGUGGAAAAGGAAGACUCUUAUAGAGUUUGGGAUUUCUAAUCAAUGCAUUUCAUCAAGUAAACUUGACAUGCAAUAUUUUAAUAGUCUCCUGCUGAAGAUCAAUGCCAAACUUGGUGGUUUGCAUUCUCGGCUUGCAGUUGAAUGGAACUGUCGUGUUCUCUCUAAGAAGCCUACCAUGAUUUUUGGUAUGGAUGUAUGGCAUGGAUACCAUGGUGUGCCGUCUAUUGCUGCUGUAGUGGGUUCAAGAUGUUGGCCAUCAUUGGCUCGUUAUAGGGCAUCAGUUCGUUCUCAGUCACCCAAGACUGAAAUGAUAGACUCUCUCUUCAAGCCCCCUCCAGGCAAUGCUGAAAAAGAUGAAGGCAUGAUCAGGGAGCUAUUAGUGGACUUUUAUUCAAGCUCGGGCAAAGUGAAGCCUUCACAGAUUAUAAUAUUCAGGGAUGGAGUUUCCGAGUCUGAGUUCAAACAAGUCUUGAAUGUAGAAUUCCAUCAAAUCCUAGAGGCAUGUAAGCGUCUUGACUCAGAUUGGAACCCGAAGUUUACUAUUAUCAUCGCGCAGAAAAGACAUCAUACAAAAUUCUUUCAAUCUGGACAACCACAUCAGAACGUUCCUCCUGGGACCGUGGUUGAUAGCAAAGUUUGCCAUCCUCAUUACUAUGAUUUUUAUAUGUGCCCACAUGCAGCGUUUAGUGGAACAGCAAGACCAAUACAUUACCAUAUCUUGUUAGAUGAGAUAGGAAUUCCAUCGGAUGAGCUGCAAGAGUUGGUUCAUUCCCUGUCCUAUGUGUACCAAAAAUGCACAAAGGCCAUAUCUAUCGUGACUCCAAUCAGAUACGCGCACCUAGCAGCCAGCAAAACCUCACAUUUUCUGCAGUAUGCGACGUCAGAAAUAUUUUCAGGUCAUACAGAAGCUCAAGUGUCUGACCUACCCAAGCUGCACAAGGAUGUUUGUAAAUCCAUGUUCUUCUGUUAAAUCUUUAUGAGUAAGUGGAUUAACUUUGUUAUGAGACUUAUAAAUGUUGAGAUCUUGCUGCUGAUAAACCCAUGUUCUUCUGUUAUAUACUAGAAAUGUAUAAAUAAUACUAUGAAAAGAUAUACUUCCUCCGUCUUUAAUACUCGCAACGUUUGGACUUUUGCCACUAUUCAUAUAAUCUACUUUGACUAUUCGGAGUGUUUUUUAUAUAAGAUAAAACAUAGUCAUGUGAGAUUUUGUUAGAUUCGUCUCAAUGUGUAUUUUCAAAAUAUCAAUUUUUUAUAAUUUUUGCAUAAAGAGAAUUUAAGAUAUAAAUGAUCAAAGUUGUGCAUUGGCAUGCGUGAAACUUACAAACGUUGCGAGUAUUAAAAGACGGAGGAAGUACUAUAGAAGAAUGAGCAGAUCGAUCUUCAUAUAUUGUUCUAAAUCUCUUUUUUUAUCAUUUUUUGUCAUUUAUACAUCAAGAAUUAUACAGUCAUGUGAGA